UCAGGAGACGUCUGCCGACAUUAUCUAAAUGAAUUUCAGUGUCAGUGCGAAAUAAGGAUUUACGUUAACAGAUGAACACGACAGUUUAAGGAUUUUCAGUGAUAUUAAGAAACAGUUUCGUUUAAGUGAAGCAAUGGCAAAAUAUCAGGAAAAUUUAAUUAAGAACAAGGACCUCUUUGCAAAAAAGAUUACUGGAAUACCAGAGAUGGCAAAGAAAAUGGUAGAAAGGAAUCUGAUAACUGAAGAUGAAAAAUUUCAAAUAAUGUCAUAUAACACACAAGGGCGUGCACAAAAGCUUCUUGAAACAGUAGGAAGUAAAUAUCGUUUAAAGAAGUUCAUAAAGAUCUUAAAGGAAUGUCGACAUGACGAAUGCGCAAAACUGAUCCAAGGCGAUGCUGAGCUUAGUGACGACGAGGAAGAAGAAGAACCAAACAACGAAAAACUGGUGUCAGAUUUACAGGUAUCGAAUAAAAGCAUUAAAGAAUUACAAGAUGCAAACAGUAGGCUUGAGCGCGAAGUAACAGUUUUAAGGAGUAAGAUUAGGGAGUUAAACAUUAGUUUAGAUAAUGUACAAAGGAUGGACGAACACAGUUCAAGAGUUAUACGUCAAGAACUAGAUGAAACAAAAAAUAAGCUAACUAUUGCCGAAGAAAAACUAUCAGAGUUAAAAAGUAAGAAUUUUGUGAUAGAAAACACACAAUUGCAUGACGAACUUUCGAAAACAAACGACAAAGUACAAAGCCUUACAAAAACAACAGAAGAAAUGCAGAUACAGAAUAAACGAAUGGAAGAAAAGAUUGACGUAAUUGUUGCUUCCCUCGGACUUCCAUCAAAUUCUGUUCCAAAAACGAACAGAUCUGGAGAAAUAACUAUACCAAAUUCAGACAGAGAAUCCGUUCCACUAACAGGAAGAUCAUCAAAUACAAGAAUAGGAUCAGCACAAGUUGCAAAAUUACCACCAAUAAAUAAGAGCAAAUAACUUACAUUUAUUCGGGUUGAUAAUAAAGUACAUCCAUGUAAACUUCGAUCAUGAGUUUACUUUUAAAAAUAGGUAUUCUUAUAAUAGAUUUAGAUAAAAACUUCUCACACACAUUCAUUUCUUAUAAAAUCAUUAACCUGUAAUAGUUACGACAAUUACACACUAGUUAACACAUGUACCUGUCUGACCAAUACGUGUUUUGGUAGGUUUAAAAUUUAUUUACCCCGUACCCCAGAGAUGUAUGAACUCUUGUGUAUUUAAGGAGCUGUAUGAUCAAAUUGG